AGGAAGUUAAUCCCCUAAAAAAAAACAAUGGCGCACAUGUUCGAACAUGUCAACGAGUGAACCACUUGGAGCUGCUGUGGAGCACAACACGUCGCCCCGGGGCAGCUAGCUCAGGAGGCUAAGGUCCGCUAGCUAACGGAGUUUCUUAACUCCCCGUCUGGGAUGAAAACUUAAAGAAAACCACUUUAAUCCACCAACUAACCAGUGAACCAGUUGCAUGUGACGUGUGGAGCUGCAGCGCGGACAUGGAGCGACUCACCGCGGGGGUUGGUGUCGUGGUGGAGCGGGUUCCAGUCGACGGGCUCCGGGAGGUUCAGGGGUAACGAAGCUGGGCUCCACAUUCCUGAGGGGGGAGCACGCCAUUAGUUACCAACGCUACGCUUCCGGUCAGGACCUUCACAAAGAAAAUCAGUUUCAUGACUUCUCUGCAGUGCACUUUGGGAUCUAAAGAGGAAGGAGCAGAGAGGAGGAGGAGCAGGAGGAGUUGUAGGAGGAGGAGGAGGUGAAAUCUGAAUCUGGUGGAAUGACCUGGGAACAUGAAGGAUGCUGAGUUGGCAAAACCUCCUGAAAAGAUAAGAUGAGACAAACAUCCAAACUGCUGGUGUGACGCCUCCAGAUCAGCAGGGAGCUCGUCCAGGUCCCUUUGCCUCGCUCACGACUCGCAGCUCUCACCACAGGUUGAAGUGACUCACCAUGACGUACAGGACGCUGGUGAUGUACCUGGAGAUCGGCUGCUUCGUGUCGUGUCUGUGCGGCUGGAUCCUGGUGUGCUCCACGCUGCCGACGGAGUACUGGACCUUCUCCGAGGUGGGCAGCAUCGUGCUGACCACCUCCAACUACUACUCCAAUCUGUGGAAGGACUGCAUCUCCGACACCACGGGGGUGUCCGACUGCAAGGACUACCCCUCCAUGCUGGGCCUGCCAGUGUAUCUCCACGCCUGCAGAGCGCUGGCCGUCUGCUCCGUCAUCACCGGCUUCUUCGGAGGCGUCCUCACCCUCGUUGGGAUGAAGUGCACUAAGAUCGGAGGCUCAGAGAUCGCCAACGCCAGAGUGACCUUCGCCGGCGGGAUCACGUACCUGGUGUCAGGAUGCUGCGGGAUGAUCACCUACUCGUGGUGGGCCAACAAAGUCAUCAGAGAAUACUUGGAUCCACAUUUCAGGGCUCAGAAGUUUGAACUGGGAGCUGCGAUCUUCAUUGGCUGGGGAGGAUCCGUGCUCCUGCUGAGUGGAGGCACGGUGCAGAGCUACUUCUCUGGAAAAGAAGGUCUGCCAUCAAGCAGUUCCUCUAAACGGCCCCUGAGACCCGGCACGUACGCCACGGCCCGGACCCGACGGACCUACAUGCUGCCGGCCACGUCCUCCAGACUCGCUCUGGGGCCGCCGCUGUUCUACGAGGGCAGGAAGAGCCGAGAGGCCGGAGCCACGGCGUCGAGGGGGGGCCGCACCUUCAGCAGGGACAGCUUCCUCUGAGUCCCACAGGAAGUCCUGAGCUCAGAGAGGGACCUGAAGGACUUUACAGGACCAGUUGGACCUUCUGGGAGAUUCUCUGACUGGUUCUCUGAACGAGAGACCAGGAGAUCAAACCCUCAUCAGACCACAAACAGCAGUGAUGAGAGCAGGUCUUCAGUCGGGUGGAGUUUGUGAUUGUCCCACAGAAGCUGCUUCAUCCCCUCAUGCUCAGCUACCAGCUGAUUACUCAUAUUCACCACAGUUAUACCUAUUUUCACUGAAUGUCAAAGUUUUCCUCGUGUUUACAUAUUUGAAAGAAGAAGAAACUGGAUGGAUCUUUUUUGAAAUCUUACAAAACGUUAAUGUUCUUUGAUUUGAUGCUUUUCCUCCAUGGAUGUGAUUUGUGAAUCUGUUGUUACUUUCAGUGUGAGACACAUUUUCCUCUUCUCAUUAUGACUGUUAACUUUUCUUUGUACAGUCUCUGGUUUGGUUUUGUGUUUUUAAUGAUUAAAACAAAGUGGUUUCCUUUAGAA